GCUCCGCUGAUGUCUUCCCUGCUUCUAUAUAUGCAUGGGGUUCUUCUCCGACAUCGGCCGCCUCCCUGAACACGCCUUUCCGGAGCUCCGAACACGCGUGCUAUCUUUAGCCAUGGCGAUUCCCCUCCUCCGAUCCUUCGUUUGCACCCCCAAUAACAACCACGAUGCGCUAUAGCUCCCUCCUAUGGAUAGCACAAUGAUGUCUGAAAGGGCAAAACGAGGGAAGCUCCCCCUCCCUCCUCUCCUCCCACCUCCAUUCCGGCCGUUCUGCAAGGCCGGCCCAUGCGGCUGAGGUGACGACGCAGCGGCGAUCACCAGACCGGCUGGCGCACCGGAGACGAUGAAGGGGAAGACGCUGUUUAAGAGCCCUCUCCACCGCAGCCACCUCUCCGACGCUUCCAGCACCUCGUCGGCGUCCGUCGCCACCCACCGCCUCUACCAAGUCUGGAGAGGAAAGAAUAUAUUCCUCUGCGGCGGGCGGCUCAUCUUCGGCCCGGACGCCAGUUCUAUCGUGCUCACGGUGGCGCUCAUCAUGACGCCGCUCGCGCUCUUCGUCGCCUUCGUUUCGUUCCGGCUCGCCGAGCUCAUCGGGAAGCCGCUUGGCCCCGCCGUCCCGGCGACCGCCAUCGCCGUCGGCGCAUUCGACGUCGUGGUGCUGGUGCUGACGUCGGGGCGGGACCCCGGGAUCAUCCCGAGGAACGCGAGGCCGCCGGACCCCGAGGACCGCCCCGGAACGGACAGCUCGGCAUCUCCCGCGGCGGCCGGCGCCGGUGGAGGCGGGGGCGCGUUGUGGUCGCUGCCGCCGACGCGCGACGUGUACGUGAACGGCAUGGUGGUGAAGGUGAAGUACUGCCACACGUGCAUGCUGUACCGGCCGCCGCGCUGCUCGCACUGCUCCGUCUGCAACAACUGCGUCGAGCGCUUCGACCACCACUGCCCCUGGGUCGGCCAGUGCAUCGGCAAGAGGAACUACCGGUUCUUCUUCAUGUUCAUCUCCUCGACGACGUUCCUGUGCCUGUACGUGUUCGGCGUAUGCUGGGUGAACCUGUUCCUCAUCACCCGGCAGUACGACUGCAGCUUCGGCCGCGCCGUCGCCGAGUCGCCGGUGUCGGGCUUCCUCAUCGUCUACACCUUCGUCACCGCCUGGUUCGUCGGCGGCCUCACGGCGUUCCACUCCUACCUCGUCUGCACCAACCAGACCACGUACGAGAACUUCCGGUACCGGUACGAGGGGAAAGCCAACCCAUUCAACCGCGGCGCCGCCGCCAACCUCGCCGAGAUCUUCCUGUCGCCGAUCCCGCCGUCGAGGAACGACUUCCAGGCGAAGGUCUCCCUCGCCGAUCCCGACGCCGCCGCGCUCUACUACUCACUGGGCCCGCUGUCGUCGGAGUCCAGGGCCAGCUUCUACACCAGGGGCAGCCUCAGCUUUGACAUGGCCAAGGCCAGCUUCGACCUCGACUACUCCGCCAAGCGCACCAGCGUCGCUUCCUCCGACUUCGGCGACAUCUACGGCCAGCAAGCCCACGGCGCGCUCGACCGGUGCGCCACGCAGCAGCAGCAGCCGCGGCACUCCAUCUUCGGCGCCGUCCCCGGCAGGGACGGCAGAAAGGUGGACGACGAAACGGACGCGGUCACGGCGGAGCUCGGGACGACGAUGCAGUACGGCGCCGCCGCCGGCCGGCCGCACGGGAGGGAGUUCGAGGUGGUGUGAGCGAGUGCAUGGGAAGAGAAGAAGCAAGUGCCGUUAGUUCUUUCCUGGGGAUGCGAUCGAUUUGCGUGUCGCGUUUUUGUGUGGUGUACGUAUACGUACGUGCAUGUAGCCUCGAUCAGCUUCGUCCUCCUGUUUGGAAAUGGGAUGGUUCAUAGCAUUCUGCUUCCAUGGUACAGUGUAGUUUCAAGGCGUCAUGUAUAGUUGUACACAUGUAGACUGCAUACAUACACACGUGCAU